AUGAAAAUAAAGCUCGCCGUGCGCGCCAGCUUCACAGUCAACUUCUUCCUCUUCGUAAUCCAGCUCUACGCAGCCGUGAGCACCGGCUCUCUGGCCUUGUUCGCCACCGCAGCAGACACCAUCAUGGACCUCGUCUCGUCCAUUGUUAUGCUCGUCAUGUCGCGCAUGUCCUCACGCCCAAAGCCAUACAAGUACCCCGUUGGACGGCGCCGCGUCGAAACAAUGGGAGUGAUCAUGUUCUGUGCGUUGAUGAUCAUCGUGGCGGCGGAGCUAAUCAUCGAGUCGGCCAAGGCGCCUGCAGUGGGCGAGACCGACUCGGAGCAGCUGCAUAUUGUGCCGCUGAUCUGUGUUGGCGUUGCUAUCUUCUCCAAGUUCGUUAUGUUCUUGUGCUUCUAUGGCUAG